UAUGAAAAACAGUGUGCACAAACCCCAGUUCCCACCUAAGAGAAAACAACACAAAAACAUUCAAACAAAAAGAUCUUCAGGAAUUGCUUGGCUCACAGACUCACGAGAACACAUUUAUCAGUCUGUAAUCUAUUCAGCCAACGUAGAGGGCAGUAAAAUGUACUUAUUUUGGUUUUGUGCAUGAACACCAGGCUGCUUUUCAAGAGCUCUGCGAUUGAGGUAUAGCAUCAGUGAGACCGUGGUCCCUGCAAAUGCCAACUUCAGAGAGAGAGAGCGAGCAAACGAGAGAGAGAGAGGGUGUGAAAAACUGCAGCAAAGAUCAGAUAGCAGACAAGGGUGAGAGAGAAAGAAAAAAGGAGAGAGAAAGAGAGAGCAGUGUUUUAAACGCUAAAAGACAGAAUCACUGAUGAGGUGUCGCACCGGAACAUUAAGGAAUCUCUGUGCACGCGAGACCCUCGAGGAUGACCACGGCAGUGCUGAGAUUACUGAAACGUCAGAACAACUCUAGGGAACGUUGAUGGAACAUUCUGAGGUUGUUAGCAUAUAAUCUGCAGGCUUUAGAUAAGAACCUCCUUCGAAUACAUGCGUACAUGUGUGCGAGUUUCCUUCUGUGUAUGUGACGCUAAAGAUGAGGACCUCGUUGGACAGUCAAGAUCCCUUUUUUUUCUUUGAAAGGGUGUUUUUUCCUGUAGGGGAACUGUGAGAAAUUCAAUGGAAUCAUGCUUUAGCUCAACUUCAGAUCUCUCUUUUACAUAUUUCCAUGCACACAAAGGGAAGAAAAAAGGCAACACAAACUGAUCCAGAGCUGCUUUGGUACUCUCUCCCACUUACGGAUUGGUUCUGGCCAGGCAGAGUGGCAUGAGUGUGGGCAAGCCCCACCGCUACAACAUUGUGUCAUCGUCGGAGGAGGACGUGUACCGCCACGGCAACAUGCCCGCCCUCGGCAAUGGCUUUGGUAACGGCAAGAUUCAGACGCGCCGGAAGGUGCGGAGCCGCUUUGUAAACAAGACAGGCCAAUGCAACGUCAGUUUCUCUCAUAUGGACGAGCAAUCCCAGCGCUACCUCGCCGAUAUCUUUACCACCUGUGUGGACAUUCGCUGGCGCUGGAUGUUCGUCCUUUUCUCCCUUGCAUUUGUCCUGUCCUGGCUCGCAUUUGGGUUCGCCUUCUGGCUUAUAGCUCUUGUCCAUGGUGACUUAGACCGGCCCUCUCAAGACGGCUUCACACCAUGCGUCAUGCAGGUCAACAGCUUUGUCGCAGCAUUCUUGUUCUCGGUCGAGACACAAACGACGAUUGGCUACGGAUUCCGCUGCGUGACUGAGGAGUGUCCUUUAGCGGUGUUCAUGGUUGUCUUCCAGUCCAUUGUGGGGUGCAUCAUUGACUCUUUCAUGAUCGGUGCCAUCAUGGCCAAAAUGGCACGUCCCAAGAAACGGGCAGAAACGAUACUGUUCUCGCAAAAUGCUGUCAUCGCUAUGCGUGACGGGAAGCUGUGCCUCAUGUGGCGGGUUGGGAACUUGAGGAAAAGUCACAUUGUAGAGGCUCACGUACGGGCGCAGCUAAUCAAGCCCCGAAUCACAGAAGAGGGGGAGUACAUACCUCUCGAUCAGAUCGACAUCAAUGUGGGAUACGACCAAGGUCUCGACCGCAUUUUCCUGGUUGCUCCCCUCACCAUCCUACAUGAGAUAAACGAGGAGAGUCCGUUGUUUGGAAUCAGCAAGCAGGACCUGGAAACGUCCGAUUUUGAGAUAGUGGUCAUUCUGGAAGGGAUGGUCGAGGCGACUGCGAUGACGGCUCAGGUGCGCAGCUCAUACCUGGCCAGCGAGAUCUUGUGGGGCCAUCGCUUUGAGCCUGUGGUGUUUGAGGAACGCAACCAGUAUAAGGUGGACUACUCGCACUUUCAUAAGACCUACGAGGUUCCCUCAACGCCACGUUGCAGCGCCAAAGAUAUGGAGGAGAACAAAUCCUUGGAAUCUGGCGCCAACUUCUGCUAUGAGAAUGAGUUAGCCUUCAUUAGUAGGGAUGAAGAGGAGCAGGAAGAGGACAGGGCUGAGAGGGGGACUGAGCUAGAGACCCUUUCAGCCAAUCUGAACUUCGAUCAGAGGUCGUAUCACAAAGAAUCUGAAAUAUGACCUCUGAUUGUCACCUUCGAAAACUUUGCUUUAUCGUAGACUCAGCCUAUUCUUUUAGUGUCGGUUGUAACGAAUAGAUACAGAGAAAUGCAAGUGCCAUAUGAAACCUUGACCCACUGUCCUAGUGCCAUGCUUUAGUCGAGGGCAGGUCAGGAAAAGAAAGUGCUUUUUGUAGUUGUCAGAAAUGUGAGGCCUUCCUGUAGGAAAACUUGAAAUCUGAUUAUCUGUUUCAUACUGUAGUUUGAAGUGAUAGCUUUAAGUAGUAUCAUUAUGCAAUACUAAGCUAGCCUGGGUGCCAUAUUGACUAAAUUUUUGUCUUGUAUACAAAAUUUGCACAAAAUAGGUUGUUAACCACUACUAGCGUUUUUGCUUGGAUAUUGAGUAGAACAUGAUACACUCUUGUUUAGUGUUAUUUACAGCAAUAAAGUAACUUGAAGACUUUAUCCAUGCUCUCCAUAUUCUACUGAUUUUUUUCCACUACGUCAGAGCAAAGACUGCAAUGUCUGAUAGUUUUAUUUUUACCAUGUAAUGAGGUACUACUAUAGAGGUGUGUGGAAGAUAAUUAACACCUAAACAGACACUGCCAACUGACAAUGAGCACAAUGGCUCCCAGGCUAGCAAAUAGCAAAGACACAAAACUAUUUAUUCAGCAUUAGAAAGUGAGUAGAUAAAUAUAUGAGUAUGUGAGCAGACGAGUGAAAGAUAAGACAUGAUGGGAUACAGUUAAACUAUUUUUUUUUCCACAACAUACCACCAUUCACAUUCAUGCUCAGGACAAAAACCCUUGUGAUGAACAUGUUUCAUGUUGCUUUAGUGAUAUAUUAAACCCACAAGUCCUGGUUUUCUAUGUGUGGUAGCCUUUCACAAAUUUUGAAGCUCUAAAACAAGAUAUUUACAACGUUACAUGCUUUGCUAUAGCAAUGGCUACAUUGUGCUAGUGUGUGUUUUAGGUAUGACUUUCAAUAUGACCUUUCUUUAUUGAGUUUUUGUCCUCAGUAUCAAAACAGCUGCCCACUUGCGAAUGUGAAAGGAAAUGAUCAAUACUAAAAGCUACUUCUAUAGUAGAUGCUAAAGAAUAAAAAAUCAGUAUCGGCUUUAAAAAAAAUAAAUAAAAAAUUUCUUUAUCAGUAUUUCCAGAAAAAAUACUAAAUUAUCCUUUUAAAAAGUAUUUAAAAAAGUUUAUUUUGCUUACCCAGUUGGUGAAUUGUUUUUCAUUGUUUUAAGCAUAAAUUUGAUGAGAUAAAUCCUUUUUUUAAAAGACCUUUUAUCUUAUACAAUUUUGCUUCUACAUUUACUGUUAAUAAAAAACUAAAAUAAUCAAAAACCAAAAAUAUUGAUUUAUAAAAAGAUUUUUUGCAGUGCAAUUUAAGUUGCAACGCCAUGCAAUAUUUCACAGGGUGAAACUAAAUUGUCAACAUUCAGCAUAAUAUGACAAGCCCAUUUAAUUACACAAGUAGAUUUCCACUCACAAACCACUCUAAGAGCUUGAAAUGUAUUUCAUCAAGCAACUAACAACAGACCAACACUAACCACCAACCUCGGGUAUCUUACAUGAUAAUUAGAGAUCGCGACAAUCUCCCUCCUUUUAAAAAAAUCAGAGCAAAGAGAAUGGGAGAGAAUGGGAGAGGUGAGAACGAGAGCCGGAGACAAAAGAGAGAGCGUUCACCCACUCACCUCAUCCAUCACUUUGCUCUGUGGGGGCAAAUAAGAGUGCCUGAUUAAAUAAAGAAGGCAUAAUAUAAGAUGAUUUAAAUAAAUUAAACAUUUCAUGAAGGUAGAUUAUAGCCAAAGUCUUCCACUAUCACAGAGAAAAAGAGAUGAUCCCCUCAACAUCAUCCACUGUCCAAAAAUACAGUACUACGCUUCCAUGCCACGUCAUGAAACCAUCAUAAAACCCACAGCCACACAGCUGAUUGUUUUUAAAUUGCUGUCUGGUCAUGAAAGGAAAAUGGAGUCAUUAUUCACAUUAUUUUAUGCAGCAGCAUGGCUGGUUCCAGGUCAUGUCCUCAUAACCUCUUCAGUUGGGUUUCUGAGGGUGAAAGUGAGUCAUGACAGCUCAUGCUGAUUUCAGCUCUUCAGAAAUGAAGGCAACACAGAUAUAAAAUAAUGAGGUACUUUAUUGCAAAUAAGCUUAGCCUUGCAGGAAAAACCAGGUCAUACCAGUUUAAGGUGCUCAAGCUGAUUUUUUAAAAAUUAUGCUAGCUGUUUUUUGCUGGUCCAAAGAGGUGUACCAGCUCUAACCUGCUUGAUCAAUUUGGUCUACAGGUCAAAACCAAUACAAGCAGGUUUUCCUGCUGAUCAAACAACCAGCUUGGGUGAGAUAAAGACCAUCAAUGAUCACCUAUAAAACCAUCUCUGACCAGAUCUAGAUUUUAAAUAAGCAUGGGAUACAACUAAAGACAACAUAGAAAUACAAAACCAUUCUUCUGAAACGCAAUAAAUAAAUGUCUUCUCAGCAAUAGGAUCCAGAAGUGUACCUCAAUGAAUCAGAGCUACCUGUUAUAAAGUAAUAAACCUGAGUGAUGAUGAAUAACUUUGUGCAGCUGUGGAUGUGAGAGAGUGAAAGAAAGCUGAAGAUAUUUACAUCACGAUGAGUUCCAGGUAAACAGGUGCAUUUUAUAACCAUCUGUAUCAAAUGUCACCUUAAGCUGCAUAAAGUUACAUCAUUCAAACAGGGAGAGGGAGAAUCAGGGAAACGAUUCAACACUGGCAUGACACGAGGAUAUAACUAAGAAAACUGAUUAAUAUAUAGAGGUGAAUCUUUUUUUCUGUCAGAAGCUGUGUAAUCUACUGUAGCAUGAAACAAAUGUCAUUGCAAUGCGAGGGAGUGAAGUGUGAGUUCACUGAUUAAUAUCUACUAUCCACACUCUGCGCUCUAAUGGUCAACUGUAUUUAAGCACAAAAUAAAGUAAGAAAAAAGAAAGAAACUUAAUUUGAAUAAUAGGGUUGGUGAAGUUACUUUAUUCCUAUUGUAAAUUAUUCAAAUGCUGUUAUAUAACAAAACUUGCUAGAGCUUUAAGGGUAUCCCGCUGUCCGUCAUCGGAAGAGAAUCAUAACACACAUAACCAUGGUGACAAAUGUAACCACGGUAACAGUCUAUCUAUAAUUAUUGGACGCAUAGGCCUAUCUAUAGAUUUGUUCGACUGUUGCAAAUCCACCAUUGUUUAUUUACCAGCAUUUCUUUAAUUUACCAUAAAUUCAAGCCAUCAAAGUUUUUCAGAUCUGUAAUUUUUCUAAUUCUAAGCAAUUAUGGAUUGUAACUUUAAAAACUAAGAAUUAAUUAAGCAAACACAUAGGCUACAAACUCUGUUCCUAUAUGGCCAUUGAGAAGGAGAGUAAGUCCACAUGCCCCAGUUUCACUAGUCAACUUCUGUGCUUUGUGUUUCACUCCAGGGAAUGUCUCUAAUUGCCAUCUCUCUUUUAGUACAUUAUAACUAUGGGAACAAGAAGCAUGUGUGCCCUAUAGGUUCAAGCCUAAAAGCUUUGAGAAUACUUGUCACAUACAAAGGUCAAAGAGAUCAUGUACAUUUGCCUUCUGAGAAGGCUGGUAAUUAAUACCAAAUAUAACACAAAACCAGGAGAGAGCAUGGAAACGCGGAUUCAGCAUUUACAUGUCUACCCGAGCACUCCUUACAUAAUCCACAAAAAUGGUAAUGAUGCAAGGAUUUAAAAUAUAGAUCUGAGUACUGAAGGUUCAACAUUAACAUUUUAAAACAAUUUAAUUUGAACAUUAUAAGUUUUGAUAUUGAGCUCAAGACAAAACAAUCAAUCAAUGCAUAUCACAGUAAAACAGCACACCAUGUCACUGACAAGAUUUCAUCUCAGCAAUAGGAUCCAGAAGUGUACCUUAAUAAAUCAGAACUGCACAAUCAGGGAGUUUAAAUUCUACAGUUAAACAGGAAAAAGUAUUAAACCUGAGUAGUGAUGUCACUUUGUGUAUAGCUGGAUGUAAGAGAGUGUGAAAGAUGAGUAUAUAAACACCACUGAGUUCUAGAAAAACGGGUCCAUUAAAUCUGUAUAAAAUCUCACCUUCAAAUGCAUGAAGUCUUAAAUUAUGAAGUAUUAAAUUAUGUGAUUCCAGUA